GAUUCUUUUUUUCCCUCACCCGUCGCCGUGCGUGCUCCGUAAUCGCCUCGUCGUCGUCUGUCGCAUUCGCUUCUCCCUCUCUUUCCUGCGCACGGUCUCCUCAUCGCGCUGCUCUUGUCGCUGCUCUUAUCGCCGCCGCCCAACUCCGCGUAUCCCGCGCCAUCCUGACCGACCGAUCUUCUCGACCGAUCUUCCCGACUGAUCCUCUCGACUGACUCGGUUGACUCGCGCUCCGUUCUCGCCCAAACGCACUCGUCCAUCAGACCUAUUUAAAUCGCCCGCCCACACUCAUAGCCAUGGCCUCCUCCAAGCAGUCGUUCGACGCCAAAACCGCCAUCUCGUACAUCGGCUACGAUCUCGCCGAUGUCAACAUCUUUGUCGGCAACCAGGCCGUCGCCGGCGAUCUGAUCCCACAGUGGGCCGAGUCCAAGGCCAAGAACGCCUUUGGCCACCCCGGCACCUCCAAGACCGUCUACAACCCCAAGGCCGAUCUCUACUCGACCGUGGCCGCAGCCACUGCCCAGCGCCAGCUCAUCUCGGCGUACACUCCUUCCUCCGAACUCAUCAGCGCCAUCCCGACACUGUCAAAGCUCUUGGCCGACCGAUCACCCGCCGUCGUCCACACGGCCCUGCUGAACCGGUACGGCGACUCCUCCGAUGUCAUGGCCGUUCGCCAGACCGGCGUCUCCAUCCUGGCCUCGAACUCGGUGCAGGAGGCCCAGGAUAUUGCCCUGGCCUCCCACAUUGCCGCCCUCCGCACCCAGAUUCCCGCCAUCCACGUCUUCAAUGGCCUCAACACCACCACCGAUAUCCACUCGGUGCAGUUCUCCGAUCUCAAGCACCUCUCUACCACCCAGCUGCAGCACGUCAAUGCCUACAAGCAGCACUCUGAGCCCGCUGCCGAGCCCAAGCUCUAUGCUGCCCCCCUGGCCAACAUCGAUUACGCCGACGCCAUCGCCUCCAUCGACAGCGUCUUUACCGAGCUCCGAACUGCCCUGCCCGGCCGCAAAUACAGCCUCUUUGAGUACUCGGGCGCCUCCGACGCCACCUCGGUCAUCGUCCUGAUCGGCUCCGCACCUUCGUCCGUCGAGGACCACAUCCACCAUCUGGCCCAGUCCGGCCACAAGGUCGGUGUUGUUCGCGUCCGUGUCUAUCGCCCCUGGUCUGACGCCCACUUUAUCGCGGCGCUGCCCAAGACCACCAAGCGCAUCGCCGUCGUCGAGCUUGCCCAGCACCUCGCCACCAACUGGGGCCCUCUCUUCCUCGAUGUCGCCUCAGCCUUCCAGAGCGACUCCUGGACCGCCGAGCCCCCUGCGAUCCGCGAGGCCCGCGUCCACCUGGGUGAGUCCAAGCAGCUCCAGGGCUCCAACAUCGACUAUAUCCUCCGCGAACUCCAGAAGGACGAGCACGGCGUCAUUGCUGUCGAAGGUGCCGUCGUCCGCGGUGUUCCUCCUCUGGAUUCGGUGGCGCUCUCUGCCGAGCUCGAUCUCGAUGUCGAGCAGCCCUAUCUCAAGAUGCUGCACCAGCUCUUUGGCGACCGUCUCAGCAUCGCCAAUGUCUCCGAGCAGAACUCGGCGGCGCCUACCCAGUCGCCCACCGCCAGCGCCGAGUACGGCCUUGGUCUGCACAUUGCCCAAAUCCAGCAACGCUCCCGCUUUGUCGACCAGGUCUCGUCCCUGGCCAAUGGCAAGGCUGGCGCCAUCAGCUCCAAGCUCGCCGAUGCCCUCAAGAACUGGCUCCAGAGUCGCGACAAUGCCGACCAGGCCAAGGAGCACGCCGACGCCGCCAUCGCCCUGCUCGCUGCCGAGACCAACCCCGUCGCCAAGGAGGUCCUCGCCCAGAAGGACCAGUUUGCCAAGCCCGCUCGCUGGAUCGUCGGCGGCGAUCUGCUGUGGUACGACAUUGGCAGCAGCGGUGUCCACCACGUCAUUAGCUCCAAAGAGAACGUCAACAUGAUCCUGCUGGACACCCAGCCCUACUCGGAAAAGGCCCAGGAGAACCAGGAUCGCCGCAAGAAGGAUAUUGGUCUCUAUGCCAUGACCUACGGCGGCGUCUACGUUGCCUCGGUCUCGGUCUACGCCUCGUAUGCCCAGGUUCUGCGCGCCCUCGCCGAGGCUGAGGCUUACCCCGGCCCCUCGGUCGUCCUGGCGUAUGCUCCGCGCAUCACCGUGCCCAACUACCAGCGCUCGACCAUCAGCAAGCCGCUCGCCAUCCUGAAGGAGAGCAAGCUUGCCAUCGACAGCGGCUACUGGCCCCUCUACCGCUGGAACCCAGCCCUCAAGGAGCCCUUUGCCCUCGACUCGGCCAAGGUCAAGGCCGAGCUGCACAGCUUCCUGGAGCGCGAGAACCAUCUCGCCCUCGUCCUCGACAGCGAGCCCCAGAUCGCCCCCGAGUUUGCCGCCACCGUCGAGCGCGAGCUCCGCGGCGUCAUGGAGGCCAAGAUCCAGGAGUCGUACAAGCUGAUGCUGGGCUCGCUCAACUCCAAGCCCGUUCUGGUCCUGUACGGCUCGGACGGCGGAAACGCCGAGAAACUGGCCAAGAAGCUCUCGUCCGAGGCCAAGCAGCGCGGCCUGCGCUCCCGCGUCGCGGUCAUGGAUGCCCUUGCCGUCGACGAUCUGCAGAAGGAGGAGAACAUUGUCUUUGUCGUCUCCACCGCCGGCCAGGGCGAGUUCCCCAGCAACGCCAAGGAGCUCUGGAAGAGCAUCGCCGCCGCCACCCCCGACGAGGCCAACAUCGGUGCCGUCAACUUCUCUGUCUUCUCGAUGGGCGAUCGCCACUACUGGCCUCUGCCCGAGGACGCUCACUACUUUGCCAAGGCCGGCAAGGACCUGUACGCCAAGCUGCUUGGUCUCGGCGGCCAGCCCCUGACCCCUGUCGGCCUUGGCGACGACCAGGACCCCGACGGCUACUUUACUGGCUACAACCAGUGGGUUGCCGAGCUGUGGAAGUCGCUUGGCGUCGACAACAUCGAGGUCUCGGCCAGCGCCGCCCCCUCGGCCGAUGACUUCAAGGAGGCCAGCAACUACCUCCGCGGCACCAUUGCCGAGGGCCUCGUCGACACCUCGACCGGCGCCCUCUCCGAGCCCGACACCCUGCUGACAAAGUUCCACGGCAUCUACCAGCAGGACGACCGCGAUCUGCGCGAUGAGCGUGCCCGCCAGGGUCUCGAGAAGGCCUUCUCAUUCAUGAUCCGUGUGCGUGUGCCCGGUGGCGUGGCCACCCCGGCGCAAUGGCUUGCCAUGGACACCAUCGCCGGCACCCACGCCAACGACACCAUCAAGAUCACCACCCGCCAGGCCUUCCAGUUCCACGGCGUGAUCAAGAAGAACCUCAAGCAGACCAUCCAGGACAUCAACCACGCCCUCAUGGACACCAUCGCCGCCUGCGGUGACGUCAACCGCAACGUCAUGUGCAACCCCAACCCGCUGCAGUCGCAGGUCCACCACGACGUCUACGAGUUCUCCAAGACCCUGAGCGCCUACUUCACCCCCAACACCAGCGCCUACCACGAGAUCUGGCUCGACAAAAAGCUCGUCGCCACCAGCGAGGACGCCGAGCCCAUCUACGGCAAGACCUACCUGCCCCGCAAGUUCAAGAUUGCCAUUGCCGUGCCCCCCUCGAACGACGUCGAUGUGCUGGCCCACGACCUGGGCUUCAUCGCCAUCAUCGAGAACGACAAGCUCAUUGGCUUCAACAUCACCGUCGGUGGCGGCAUGGGCAUGACCCACGGCAACAAGAAGACCUACCCCAACCUGGCUCGCCCCCUGUGCUUUGCCCCGCUGAGCGAGGCCCUCGAUAUUGGCGAGAAGGUCCUGACGGUGCAGCGCGACCACGGCGACCGCACCAACCGUAAGCACGCUCGUCUCAAGUACACCAUCGACGAUCGCGGCCUGGACUGGUUCCGCUCGCAGAUCGAGGAGCGUGUCGGCUACAAGCUGCAGGCACCCAAGCCCUACAACUUCACCUCCAACGGCGAUGUCUACGGCUGGACACGCAACGCCAACGGCCGCUGGAACUACACCCUGUACGUCGAGAACGGCCGUGUCAAGGAUACGCCCGACCUCCGCAUGCGCACGGCGCUGCGCGAGAUUGCCAAGAUCCACCGCGGCGACUUCCGCCUGACCCCCAACCAGCACUUGGUCAUCGCCAACAUCCCCGAGUCCGACAAGGCCCUGAUUGCGGCUCUGCUGAAGGACUACAAGAUCGAGAACGGCAACCUCAGCGGCAUGAUGAUGAACUCGAUGGCGUGUGUGGCCCUGCCCACCUGCGGUCUGGCCAUGGCCGAGUCGGAGCGCUACCUGCCCGAGCUCGUCACCAAGAUCGAGAAGAUCCUGGAGGAGAACGGCCUGCGCGACGAUGCCAUCACCGUGCGCAUGACUGGAUGCCCGAACGGCUGUGCUCGCCCCGCCAUUGCCGAGCUCGGCUUUAUUGGCAAAGCUCCCGGCGUGUACAACAUGUACCUCGGUGGCGGUUUUGCCGGCGAGCGCCUCAGCAAGAUCUACAAGGAGUCGCUCAACGAAGAAGAGAUCCUUUGCGAGCUGCGGCCGAUCGUCAAGCGCUAUGCGCUCGAGCGUCGCACUGGCGAGCACUUUGGCGACUUUGUCAUCCGCGCUGGCAUUGUCAAGGCCACACGCAAUGGCAUGGACUUCCACGACUAAACGUGCCAGGAGUGGAUGAUUUGCUCGUCUCAUAAUGGCUCGUCGGCAUGGAAGCUCGCCCGUCGAGUAGGGUACUCUCCCUCCCCCCCCCUCGAUCCACUCUGUCGUUUCUCUUGGUUGUUUUUGUCCUUCACCUUUCUUUCGUACUGCUAUUGCCUUUCGUUGCCAUGGGCGUGUUCAUCAAGGACGGCUCCAACCUGUAUUGCAGCAUUCACAAAAUCGGAACGGAACACCCCACCGUUCUUUGGGGGCCAGUGGCCACCUUUUUUUUCUGGAUCUUGAAUAUACACUCGCGUGCAUCCAAAUGGGUCGGCACAGUGCGAUUUGUCUGCGCCGCUGCGAACCGGAAACAUGCGGUGCUG